AAUUUACGUUCAGUUGCAGUUUGUUCGUCGUUCGUUGCGGAUCGCAAAACGCCAAAGAAAAGUUCCCGCUGAUAAAACAAACAAAGAGAUAACCAUGGCUCCAAAUGCUGAAACUGAUGCCAAUGCCAGUGAAUUGGCCAUAAGUGUUCCGCCAAAGCGUUCGAAUGUGAAUAAUAAUAAUAGUGCACGGUCAAGUCGUGUGGGUAGUUCGUCAUCGGGAUCGGCUCGGGAGAAGAAUGCUGAUGGCAUCUUGAUGGACCAACGUUUCGGCUGGUUCAAUUUCUCACCGCAGUGGCUGCAAUGUUUCUGCUCAGCCAAAUGGGCUCUCUUCUGGCUCUGCUGGGGAGGUGCUCUCCAAGGAUUAAUUGUAAAUGGUCUGAUUAAUGUUUCGAUAUCCACAAUUGAAAGACGUUUUGGAUUACGUUCGAGGCAAAUGGGUUUGGUGGCCAGUGGCUAUGAUUUGGCCUCGUUUGUCUGCCUGGUGCCGGUAACAUAUUAUGGUGGACGCAAAGGAGCAUCCAAGCCGCGUUUCAUAGCCAUUGGACUGUUGGUGAUGGGACUUGGUUCGUUGGUUUUUCUUAUGCCAAAUUUCUUGGUUGGCAAUUAUCGGGCCACCAUAGCCGAGGCAAAUGUCUGUGAAAUGGGGAACUUAAAUCCAAAUCAGACAAUGCAGCAGCACUCCUGUGAACCGAGUGAGGAUAUGGGUAUGGGACAGGAGGCGAACGAGAGUUUAAGUUGGACCGUGUGGUUAUUCUUUGGAGCUCAACUUUUGCAUGGAGCUGGAGCAUCGCCGUUAUUUACAUUGGGCGUCACAUAUAUCGAUGAGAAUGUCUCCAAGAAGAUGUCAUCUGUUUACUUGGGCAUUUACUAUACCAUGGCGACUGUGGGACCAGCCAUUGGCUAUGUGCUUGGUGGACAAUUGUUGCUCAUUUAUACCGAUUGGAUGACCGUGGAUCCAACACAACUAAGUUUAACCAGUGAGAGUAAAGUGUGGAUAGGAGCCUGGUGGAUGGGAUUCAUUUUCGCAGCAUUCAUUUGUGUUCUGAUAGCCAUACCCAUCUUUGGUUAUCCAAAAUCGUUGCCUGGCUCGGAGAAAUUACAAUUGGCUAAAAUAUCAGAGGCCCAUGUCUCAACCAAGGAAAAGACCAAGACGGAAACAAAUGAGGGCAGCAAACGACGUUUGGGAGAGUUGCCGAAAGCUGUUUUAGCCCUCCUCAAGAAUCCCACAUUCUUUUUUCUUAACUUGGCUGGAGCCACCGAGGGUCUGGUUAUUGCCGGGUUUGCAGCGUUUUUGCCUAAACAAAUUGAGAAUCAAUUUAGUAUUUCACCCAUGUUGUCGGCCUUGGUUAUGGGUUUGAUUACCGUGCCAGCUGGCGGUGGUGGAACAUUUCUGGGUGGCUAUUUGGUCAAGAAAUGGCAACUCGCUUGCAAUGGCAUCAUCAAGAUGUGUCUAUUAGCCAGUUUGAUAGCGAGUUUGUUUACAUUCUGUUUCUUGGUCUCAUGCCCGAAUCCUCCAUUUGCUGGUGUCACUACGGCACAUGAUCACACAAGGAGUUCCAGCUUCAAUUUGGAGGCCAAAUGCAAUGAAAAUUGUGGCUGCACUCGCUCGAAUUAUGAUCCAAUCUGUGGCAUCGAUGGAAUCAUGUACUAUAGUCCCUGUUUUGCUGGCUGUCAAAGAGAGGAUCAAGUGGAUAUGGUGAAACACUAUCACAAUUGCAGUUGCAUUGAGCGUGGAUUAAAGGAUUUCGCAGAUCUGCCAGAUGCCACCAACUUAAUGUGCGAUUCGACUUGUGACAGUUUACCCCUAUUUGUGGGUCUCUGUUUUAUAUUGAUGAUCUUCACCUUUGUGGCCACCAUGCCAGCCCUUUCGGCUACUUUGAGAUGUGUUCAAGACGAGCAGCGUUCAUUCGCCUUGGGAUUGCAAUGGAUCAAAGUCCGUUUACUUGGCACCAUUCCAGCUCCUUUGAUUUUUGGCGCCCUAAUUGAUGAAUCCUGCAUUUUGUGGCAUGAAUCUUGUGAUACAGAGAAAGGCGGCGCCUGUUUGGUCUAUGACAAUUUCUACAUAAGUCGAUAUAUGUGGCUUUUGGCUUUGAUUUGUAAGCUAAGCUCUGUCGUCUUCUUUUUAUGCGCCUGGUGGUUCUAUAAGCCACCCAAUCCCAAGACUUUGGAUGACACCAAUCCCAACCAAAGUGCAGAGAUCUAGAUUUUUAACUUAUAUUGAUACAAUAUAUCAAAGACACUGCCAACAAAAAUUUUACUAAUAUCUCGUGUAAAAUACUUACAUCAUAUAAUAAGACUCCUUUCACUUAAUAUAUUUAAUAUUUUAACAUACGUAGUAAGUCAAUUAGGUCUCACAAUCAGUAAUCAUAAUUUUAAUAAAUAUUUAUAUGUUUUU